AUGUUCGUCGCAGCCAUGUCCCGCGUGUUGCCCCGCACCGCCCUGAAGAAGAAGCCCGCCAGCAGAAUGCUGGGGGCAACCGGUAACUUUUCCAACCAGGCCACGUUUGACAUUAAGAAAUGCGAGCUCCACCGGCUGGACAAAGGUCCCCCGGUCAAGGCCGUGCUCACCCGGGAGGAGGGCCUCCUGUAUUACCGCAGGAUGCAGGUGAUCCGCCGCAUGGAGCUGAAGGCGGACCAGCUAUACAAGCAGAAGUUCAUCCGCGGCUUCUGCCACCUGUGUGACGGCCAGGAGGCCUGCAACGUGGGCCUGGAGGCCGGCAUCCAGGCCACCGACCACGUCAUCACCUCCUACCGGGCGCACGGCCUGUGCUACAUGCGCGGGCUGUCCGUGCGCUCCAUCCUCACGGAGCUGACGGGGCGCAGGGGGGGCUGCGCGAAGGGGAAAGGGGGCUCCAUGCACAUGUACGGCAAGUACUUCUACGGGGGCAACGGCAUCGUGGGCGCCCAGGGGCCCCUGGGGGCCGGGAUCGCGCUGGCUUGCAAGUACAAGGGCAACAAGGAGAUCAGCUUGACCCUGUACGGGGACGGCGCCGCCAACCAGGGCCAGAUCGCCGAGGCCUUCAACAUGGCCUGCUUGUGGAAGCUGCCGUGCGUGUUCAUCUGCGAGAACAACCUCUACGGGAUGGGGACGGCCACCACCCGCGCGGCCGCCAGCACCGAGUACUACAAGCGGGGCCACCUCAUCCCGGGGCUGCGGGUGGACGGCAUGGACGUGCUCUGUGUCCGGGAGGCCACCAAGUUCGCCGCCGACCACUGCCGGUCCGGGAAGGGGCCCAUCGUGAUGGAGCUGCAGACCUACCGCUACCACGGCCACAGCAUGAGCGACCCCGGGGUGAGCUACCGCUCCCGGGAGGAGAUCCAGAGCGUGCGGAACAAGAGGGACCCCAUCAUGCUGCUCAGCGACAGGAUUGUCAGCGGCCAGCUGGCCAGCGUGGAGGAGCUGAAGGAGAUCGACGUGGACGUGAAGAAGGAGAUUGAGGACGCGGCCCAGUUCGCCAUCACGGACCCCGAGCCGCCUCUGGAAGAAAUAGCCCAUCACCUCUACAAAGACAACCCGCCCUUCGAAGUCCGAGGCGCCAAUCAGUGGAUCAAGUAUAGGUCCAUCAGUUGA